CUUUUGUGAAAUGACUAACUUGUACAAAGGAAUAGCCCUACAAGAUAAGGUUGAUAUUAUGAAGGAAAGGAGACCCACUCCUGUUAUACUUGAUUGUGAUCCUGGUCACGAUGAUGCUUUUGCCAUAGUUUUGGCAGCUUUUAGUCCAGAAGAACUUUCACUGUUGGCCAUAACAACUGUUUCUGGAAACCAAAGUUUGGAAAAGACAACUCUCAAUGCUCUUCGUAUUUUACACGCUUGUGGCUUUCAGGAGAACUCAAUACCUGUUGCCAAAGGUGCUAGUGCUCCUCUCAUGCUUCCGGAAUUGGCACAACCUAAAAGUCAAGAAGAGUCAAUCUCUUUAAUUGUUUCUACCCAUUAUGAUACUUCUUAUCAUCAACCUCUAGUUGGAAGACAUCCUGUGGAAGUCCAUGGAGAGUCAGGAAUGGACGGAGCUGAAUUUCCUUCAACAGUCAUUCCAAAACUAGAUCAAAGGAAAGCUUGGAAUCUUAUGGCUGAUAUUGUUCAAUUGUAUUCUCCAGAGUUUCCAUUAACCAUUAUCGCUACAGGACCUUUGACAAAUAUUGCUUUAUUUGUUACUCUAUAUCCUGAACUUCGUCGUAAUAUUCGAAUCGUAUUUAUGGGAGGCACUUUUGAAAGAGGAAACAUUCAUCCAACGGCAGAAUUUAAUAUACUUCAUGAUCCAGAAGCAGCACAUAUUGUCUUCCAUUGUGGAGUUUCUUUGACUAUGGUCCCUUUAGACUUGACUCAUCAAGUUUUGGUCACCCAAGAUAUUUUAGGAAGAAUUCAUGCUUUAAAUACUCCAUUUGCUAAGAACAUGGCAGGACUUGUUGAAUUUUUUCGCAAUUCUUAUCAAAAAACUUUUGGUUUUGCCUCACCUCCUUUACAUGAUCCAUGUGCAGUAGCAUAUGUUUUGGAUGCUUCCCGUUUUGAAACGCAGUUGAUAAGAGUUGAAGUGGAAACGGGUAAAGGACUUUGUGCAGGUCAAACUGUUGGAGACUUUUAUGGUCGCUAUUUAAGGAAACCAAAGAAUGUCAAUGUAGUACAGAAGAUGGACAUUGAAUGGUUUUGGCAUAGAAUGUUGCAGUCAUUAACAAAAGCAAAUGAACAGAGUCCGUUAAACAAGAAUGUAAAUUCCUCAUAGUCAUUCAUUCCUCAAGCACUUUAUAGCAAACUCAAGUUUUCUCAGAAAGCCUUUUAGAAAUUGAAUACCAUUUUCCAAAAGGC